AACAGGCAGGGUAUAAAAGGGGGGAGAAGUGGAGGAAGAGACUUGUUUUGUUCAGGGAGUUGCAGCAACGCAGAACCGAGCAGAGAGAAGGGAACUUUUUAAACUAAGGAUUUGGGAGGCACCACAGGGAUGAGGGUGUGCCUCAGUCUGCUCAUCACUCUCUGCCUGCUCCAUGGGGGCGGAGCAGAGAGCGAUGGGGGAGGGCCUCGCUGUCAGCUGCCUCCAGCCUGGAAGAUAGGGGAGCAGGGGCCAAUGCAGGGGGCGAUGGGCCACGUGACGGUGGUGGCUCUUUUACAGGCCAGCUGAUUAUUCUGCUUGGUGCAGGCUUCCAGAAUGGACGGCCUGCGCCAGAAGCUGGAGAGUCAGGGUCUGAAGGACGUUGUGUACAUGGUGGUUAACCAACAGGGGGAGCAAGCACAGCGCCUGCACACCAUGCUGGAGCAGAGACUGUCAGAGAACAUCACACUCUACAAGCAGGUUGAGCAACAGCCUGAUGUCUGGAAGGAACUGGGCGGGGAGAAGGACGACUUUCUCAUUUAUGACAGGUGUGGCCGUCUCACCCACCACAUUUCUCUUCCAUACUCCAUCAUCGGACAAGGACAUGUUGAUAGUGCGAUCAAAGACACCUACUGCAAACGCAUAUGUGGCGACUGCAGAUAUGAGAGCACUGAGGCAGCAGAGGAGUGCAAGGGGAAUGCAGACACACAGCCUGACACUGCCCCAGCCGUAGAGGGAGACACUGGGCAUGCUCACCAUCAUGGACAUCACCAUGGCCAUGCUCACAGCCAUGGUCAACACCAUGGAAACCAUGAUGGAGCUGAUCAGCAAGGUGUUAGACAACAGGGGCAUCAGCAACUUGGUGGGGAUUCACAAAGGCAAGAUCAGUUAGAUGUAGGCCAGCAAGCAGUGAAUGAGCAGCAGAUGGCACAGCAGGCACAUGUGGCCUUUGUCAGGCCCUGAGUAGCAGAGAAGGCUGGGUGAAAGUCAAAGCACAGCUGACAGUGGACAGCAGGCUCUGACAAUGAAGCCUCUCCUAAGGCCAGCUGAUGCUGACACUGACGCAGGCUGUUUGGUGAAACAGGAAGUGAGCAGCCAGUCAGUCUGUGACACUGUGACGAGGCGUUGCCCGCCUCCUGACAGUGACACGGACUGAUAGGCGAUGCAGUCAAUGUUAGGGAGACCUGACAGUGACGCCCGCCUCCUGCUGACUGACAGCAGCCUCAGCCAACCCAAUGAGCCUGACCCCCAGGUGUGAGCUGAGGAUGAGAGCAGCUGUAGGCUGCCUCGGAAAUCAGCCUCAUUUUGAAACCAGCUAGAAACACCGGGGCCAAGCGCUCUCUUUACCAACAAGUAUUACCCUGGGAGAGGAACGAGCAAUCCCUCAUAGAAUGCAUUUGGGAUAGAUAAACAUGAGUCCAACAUUACACUGAAGAAGGAUAAUAUAAAUUACAAUUGGCAAUAAAUAUGCAAAUAAUUUGGUUUUGCAUUAAGAAUAUAAUGUUUCACCUGCCACUGCAUGUCUGUAGGUGGGUUGCUCUCGUCCUUUUCCAGGAUAUUGCGGUUUUCAUGUUUAUAAACGGCCUUCUCCAUUUUGCUCUCUCCUUCCGUUAUGAAACCAGGCGCAUAAACUAUGCUCUAGUGGUGUCUGUAUGAAGUCAGGCAGGAGAGGGAGGAGAAGGUAGUUCAGGGACAUGAUAAACCCUUUGAACAUUUUAAAGUUCAGAAUCUAAAUAUGUUUGACAACCCAGAAGAAAUUGAUAUAAUCUGCAAAUUCUAAAAAAGGCAAUUGACAUCACAUUCUGCAAAUUAGGUAAUCACCAAGAAUCAGUAAAAAGAUUGUAGUUUACGCCACAUUUAUCCUUAAAAAAACAUUUUGAACCAAGUCUAAAAAGUCAACUAUUAAUCAUUGUUCUUGAGCAAAUACCUCAGCAGUAAUUACCAUGAAUGCUUUUCUUUUUGUAUGCAAGCCUUACACUAUAUAUCAGCUGUGGCUUUUUACCACAAAAUGCAAAAUGUUUUUAGAUGGCUUCCCUGUAUAUGUUUCCCCGCAUUUUCUAGACUUGCUAAGUAGGCUACUGUAGGUUGCAAAUAGCGCACAUUAAAAAAGAAAAAAACAAGACUAUUGUUUAGAAAAGGGUAGAGGGAAAAUGAGAGUGAAGCAAUGACUGUUGGAAUACACUCUGUACUUAAUGAUGGUUUUUUUGGGAAGAUAAGAGUAACCUUGAAAACUUGAUGCUUGCACGGAGAACUGUAUUAUGUUAAGGCUGUCAAGCAUGGAAACUGAGCGCUGAAUAAAGAUUGUUGAGUUACUGUUA